AUGGCCGAAAACACCAUCUAUCAAUUCACAGCCAAGGAUUCCGAUGGAGCUGAUGUUUCGUUGGAAAAAUACAGGUAAUCGUUUAUUUUAUUGUUUGGUUUUUAGGUAAUGAUUUAUUUAAACAGUGUUGUUUUACAUAAAAUAAAAUCAAAUGCUAGGGACUCGUUUUUAUUAAUGAACUGUAUAUUGUUUUAGAGGCAAAGUUGUGAUUAUUGUGAACACCGCAUCUCACUGUGGCUUCACAAACUCGAACUACGCUCAGUUGAAGGAACUCUUGGACAAAUACAAGGGUCAAGGACUUGAAGUUGCCGCUUUUCCUUGCAAUCAGUUUGGAAGACAAGUAAAUUAGAAUUUCUUAUUGAUAUAUAGAUAUGAGGUUUAUAACUGUUUUUUACGUUUAAAUUUCUUGGAUAUUCUUACUUUAUUUAAAGUUUAAAAUAUAAAAAAGAAUUAUUCUGAUGUUUUAGGAGCCAGGCUGCGCCUUGGACGUCAAGAAUUUUGUUAAGGACAAGUUCAAGUUUGACCCUGAUCUCUAUGACAAGGUUGAUGUUAAUGGAGGGAAUGCCCAUCCAUUGUUUGACUUCUUGAAGAAGGAAGCUCCUGGAUUCUUGUUCAACGCUAUUAAGUGGAACUUCACCAAGUUCUUGGUCAACAGAAGAGGAGAAGUUGUUGCUCGUUAUGCUCCUAGUACCAAGCCUAAUGACAUGAUUCCAGACAUUGAGAAGGCUUUAGGAGAAAGUGCUUAA